AUUCAAAGGAACAACACUGAAAUAUGCCCAGAUUCGAAUAUGCGGAAAAUUACCCGAGAAAUUCCUGCAGGAUUCUUCGUACAAUGGGUUGAGUGCUCAGUGGUGUUUCUAUUCGGCUAUGUGAUCAACGUGGUGCGCAAUUUUCCACCGUUUCAACCGAUCGCAAUCAUUGGUGGUUUCCUGUUCGCGACGGGGAAUGUCGCCGCAGUGCCACUGAUUAACGGUCUUGGAAUGGCACCCGGAAUGCUUAUUUGGGGAUCUACUAUGGUGAUCGGAGGCUGGUCAGCCGGUCGCUUUGGCCUCUUCCACACCGUACCUCAACGAGUUGUCAAUGAAAAAAUGAAUGUUAGCGGACUGAUUCUAGUGCUAAUCAGGCGAGUCGAGUCAAUCAGGCGAAAUUUUAGCACGAAAGCGUUUUUUUUUGGAGCUGAUUCGAGCUGA